AUGUGCACCUCCUCUGUCCGUUUAGACAAAAUGGCUGUGGAUAACCAUACCACGGAGGCCACUGAAUUCAUUUUUGUGGGAUUAACAGAAAACCCAACACUUCAAACCAUCAGUUUUGCAUUCUUUCUAGCUAUUUAUACCAUCACGUUGGUGGGGAAUCUUGGAAUUAUCAUGUUAAUUAGGAUUGAAUCUCGGCUUCACACCCCCAUGUACUAUUUCCUCAGUAAUUUAUCUUUCCUGGAUAUCUGUUACUCCUCUGUGACCGCACCCAAGACAAUUGUGAGCUUCCUAGAGGAGAGAAAAGCCAUCUCUUGGGCUGGCUGUGCAGCACAAUUGUACUUCUUUCUAGCCCUGGGCACUACAGAAUGUUUCCUCUUGGCUGUGAUGGCCUAUGAUCGGUAUGUGGCCAUCUGUAACCCUCUGCUCUACACAAUUAUCAUGUCCCCUAGAGUCUGUGUCUCACUGGUAGCUGGGUCGUACAUAAUUGGCCUAUUGCAUUCCAUGGUACACACAGGUUUCACAUUCAGUUUGUCCUUCUGUGGAUCUGAGAUAAAUCAUUUUUUCUGUGCUAUUACAUCAUUGUUAUCGCUCUCCUGCUCUGACACCUAUACGAAUGAACUCCUGAUAUUUAACCUUGCUGGACUAAUUGAAAUAAUAACUAUUCUAUCAGUCUUGGUAUCCUAUAUUUACAUCCUCAGCACCAUCCUCAGGAUCCCCUCCACCAAUAGGAGAUGGAAAACCUUCAGCACAUGCACCUCCCACUUGACGGCUGUCACCAUAUUCCAUGGGACAAUUCUCUUGUUGAAUUUCCGAUCCACAUCCAGUUACUCUUUGGACCAAGACAAAAUAUUCUCUGUAUUGUAUACCGUGGUGAUCCCCAUGCUGAACCCCCUCAUCUACAGCCUGAGAAACCAAGAUGUGAAGGAUGCCCUGAGAGCCUUAAUUAAGAUAAAAUUGUUUGCCAAUAAAUUUAAUAAUUAA